AAUACCCUGGCAUGCAAAUAUCUCCCGCUGGGUGCAACCCGUGGCGCACGUUGGUUACCAUUCCAGACGCCAUGGUGUCCUGUCGCUGCGCCGUCCUGCCCCACCCUGCCGGAGUGGUCCCUCGUCGCCGGCAACACCUACCCGCACAGGCGUUCUGCGGGGCGGAGAGGAGGAGGCGGCGGCGGCUCGUGAGCUUCGAGGCGCCGCCUCGGUGCCACAAGAUGUAUGUUCCCGGCUUUGGAGAGGGCUCCCCAGAGAAAAAGGCGGCGAUUAGUCUGCUGAACUUCUUCAAUUACCUGGCCGUCAGGAUUGUGCUGGCACAGCUUGAGAGUUACAACCGAGAAGCCUAUGUUGAGCUCAAGGAGUUCACCAGCCGCAACUCCGUGAACGACGCUGAUAGUUUCUGCAAAAACCUGAUCCGCGAGUCGCCAAGACACAAGGCAUUAGUGUGUGCGAUAUGCGGGAAGCGUCUUGCCUCGUUAGAGGGACGCGUUGCGUGUUUAUAUGGCAGGGGCGCACCUCCAUGAAUAACAGCGCAUACAUGAAGUUGUUGGGAUUACAAACUUGAAGAAGAAGGGAUAAAGGAAGGAGAGUUCGGUUACAGAGGAUAUGUGAGGAUAUGUCAACCGAAACUACUUAAACAUCUAUCCCUAUAUCUAUCUCUACAAUGCGUGUUUAACACCCUCCCUUAAUCACAACUUCAUCAAGUUGAGAUUAUGCUUGAAGUCUUAAAAACUUCGUGUGGGCAAAGCCUUGGUAAACCCGUCAGCAACUUGAUCUCUAGAGUGCACAAACCGAAUGUCAAGUUGCUUGUUAGCAACCCUUUCUCUCACAAAGUGGAAAUCUAUCUCUAUGUGUUUUGUCCUUGCAUGAAACACAUGAUUAGCAGAUAGAUAGGUAGCACCAAGAUUAUCACACCACAAACAUGGGGCCUUGGUGUUUUUCACACCAAGUUCUUUAAGAAUAGAUUGAACCCAUAUAAUUUCUGCUGUUGCAUUUGCCAAUGCUUUGUAUUCUGCCUCUGUACUUGAUCUAGACACAGUUGUCUGUUUCCUUGCACUCCAUAAUAUUAGGUUAGGACCAAAAAAGACUGCAAAGCCACCAAUGGAGCGUCUAUCAUCCAGACUGCCUGCCCAAUCAGAAUCAGAGAAGGCACUAACCAAGGUAGAUGGUGACUUGCUGAAAUUAAGACCAAUGCUCAAAGUAUUUUUGACAUAUCGAACUAUACGUUUAGCAGCAGUCCAAUGAACAGUGGUGGAUGCAUGAAGAAACUGACAUACUUUGUUGACAGCAAAAGAAAUAUCAGGCCUUGUCAAAGUUAAGUACUGCAAUGCACCGACUAGGCUCCUGUAUUUAGUGUUGUCCUCUUUGCUUAGAGGUGUACCUUCUGUAAGAGACAGUUUUUCAGAACUUGACAAAGGAGUGGGUGAGGGUUUACAACCUUGCAAGUCAGCCUUUUUUACCAAAUCAGUGGCAUAUUUUUCCUGGGAGAGAUGAAGUCCAUCAUCAUGUUUCUUCACUUCAAUCCCUAGGAAAUAAUGAAGAUUUCCAAGAUCCUUAAGAGCAAAAUCUGUGCUCAAGUCCUUCAAUAUUGCAGUUAUUGCUUCAUCAGAUGAACUUGUAACAAUAAUACCAUCAACAUAAAUGAGAACAAAUAUGGAUGUGUUCAAUUUAUUGAAAAUGAACAGUGAAGUAUCAGACUUGGAAGGAACAAAACCGAGUGUCUGCAUUUUAUGACAAAGGCGUGAAUACCAUGCCCUUGGUGCUUGCUUUAACCCAUACAGUGCUUUGUCAAGUUUGCAUACAAAUGAGGGUGCUUGUUCAUUUUCAAACCCAGAAGGUUGUUUCAUGUAUACUUACUCUUCCAGAACACGAUGCAAAAACAUGUUCUGUACGUCUAGCUGCCUGAGACUCCAACCCAUAGACACAGCAAUGGACAAAACAAGACGUAUGGUUGCAGCUUUAACAACAGGACUAAAGGUGUCCUCAUAAUCUAUUCUAUACUGUUGCUUAAAACCCUUGGCAACAAGUCUUGCCUUGUAUCGAUCAAUGGUUCCAUCAGAUUUCCUUUUUAUUCUGAAAACCCAUUUGCAAUCAAUAAGAUUCUUACCUUGCUGUGGAGGGACUAGAUGCCAUGUGUUAUUUUUCUCAAGUGCCAAAUAUUCUUCCUUCAUUGCCUUUUUUCACUUUUCAUCACCGAGUGCUUCCUCAAGCGUACUUGGCUCACCUGGUUCACCUGUGGAACAAACUAGGCCAUAUUUUGUUAUAUGUUUAUAAUCAACAGGCUUGAUCACACCUUGUUGCAGCCGAGUUUGUCGUUGUGAUGGUGCAGCCAAAUCUGUGGCCACAGAAGAUCCUGAGUCGGGAACAGGAGUUCUGGGCGCUGCAAGUUCCGAGGCAGAUCCGCCUCGUGCUCGCCCCGGAUCCUCUGUGGCUUCGCCCCGUGACCCAGAUGUUGUAGGCGCCGUAGAAGAUCCCGGCCUCCCGACCGGCUCGUCAGGAGCACAUGAUUGCGCAGGCCCGCGUGAAUCAGCACCGGAUUCAGCGCCCGUCAGCCGCGUCUCGACGCGCCGCUUGUAGCAGCGCAA